ACGAGCAAAAAUCAAAUUAAAGUAGAUCUUGUAGAUGAGAAUUUUACAGAAUUAAGAGGCGAAAUAGCAGGACCUCCAGACACACCAUAUGAAGGAGGAAGAUAUCAACUAGAGAUCAAAAUACCAGAAACAUAUCCAUUUAACCCCCCUAAGGUCCGGUUUAUCACUAAAAUAUGGCAUCCUAAUAUUAGUUCCGUCACAGGGGCUAUUUGUUUGGAUAUCCUGAAAGAUCAAUGGGCGGCAGCAAUGACUCUCCGCACAGUAUUAUUGUCGUUGCAAGCACUAUUGGCAGCUGCAGAACCAGAUGACCCACAAGAUGCGGUAGUAGCAAAUCAGUACAAACAAAAUCCUGAAAUGUUCAAACAGACAGCUCGACUUUGGGCACACGUGUAUGCUGGAGCACCAGUUUCUAGUCCAGAAUACACCAAAAAAAUAGAAAACCUAUGUGCUAUGGGCUUUGAUAGGAAUGCAGUAAUAGUGGCCUUGUCUUCAAAAUCAUGGGAUGUAGAGACUGCAACAGAAUUGCUUCUGAGUAACUGAGGCAUAGAAAGAGCUGCUGAUAGUCAAGCUUGCCUCUUCUCCAGGAGCAUCAACAUCUGUUAUUUUUAGGAUUCUGCAUAGAUUUCUUUUAAACUGGCAUUCUUGCCUAAUGAUGUUAUCUAGGCAACCAUUGGAGACUGAAAAAAAAAAUCCCUGCUCUGUAAAUAAAGCUAAUUAAACGUCUGUGUAAAUUUAAAAAGGGGAAAUACUUUUAAUUUUUUUCUUCCUUAAUAGUGUAAAAAUUCUUUGAGCUAAGCUAAAACCAUGGAAAACCAUGCUACUUUAGUGUUUAGCGGUGUAACAAGACUAGCAAGAGUUUGCUUCAGGGUUUUGUUGAAUAAUUAAGAUAAUAUUUUGAGUGUGUCAGGGCCAUUCAAGUUGUUGGUGUUGCAUCACAGCUACCUUAACUGUUUUUAACAUGGAUCCUCUGUGCCUGUGAAUUUACUUGCAUGCUUGUACUUGACUUCUUAGAAUGGGUAGCUGAAAAGACCACCAUUUUAAGCAUUAGAAAACUCGUAAAUAUGAGAUUUAUCCAGAAAUGAAGAUGGUGACCUAGUCAGAGCCUUUUUGUCCCAGUUGACAAGUUGGGGCACUGUAUCUACUUUUCCCGUACCACACACAGCUAAUAAUUUAACAAUAGAUUUCUCUCUUUUUGGUGGGGAAAUGUGCCAAGCAAAGUAUCCCUGACUUCCUUUCUAGAUCUAAGGUUUGGAAUGUUUCGUCGUAGUUAUUUAAACACUCAAAAGUUUCCCUGUGUAAGUCAGUAAUAUAAGAAUGGAGCUGCCAAUAUUAUUUCUUUUGCAAAAACAGUAAAUACUUCGAUGUUGCGGUUUUCCCACAUAUAAAGAAAGGACCCAAGUUAGUUUUGCAGUGAAUUUGACAUUGAUUUUUCAAUUGAUAAAAUUUUCUUGGAGAACGUUGAAGAAUGCAGUCCACUGUUGCCAGUAGUUUUUAGCUUAAUUUUGGGCUUUAUGAAAAUUGCUUUAUCAGAUACUUUAAAAGCCACUCUUGCUUGCACUUUCCCGUAUUGACACAUGGAAGCUGUGUUCGUGUUUUACUGUACAUACUUCAGAUGCACAUAGGAAUAGAAGUGUGUUAUAAAUCUAGCUUUCUUUAUGAUGUUUCUGACAAUGAGAAUUGAAAACUUUACCUUCUCUUGUACAUAGUCAGACUUUUUAUUCAUAUUAAAGUUACAUUUCAUUCUAAGUUCAGAAGUUUGAAAGUUCCUAGUUUUGCAAGCUCAAACACUCAACUUGACUGAAGGUUGAAGUAGAUUUUUGCAGGCAGUUCUAUACAUAUAAAUAUAAUCAUUAAAUUUGGAGGACCAAUGCAAAAUAACAAAAAUGGAAUCAGACUAAAGUAAGAUUGUAAUUUGAAAGUCAUAAAAGGUUUUCUUCAAGUUUUAUCUUAAAUUAUAAUUGUUAAGUGUUUGGAAAGUAAUAUUUGAGCCUAUUAAGUCAGUAUAACUUCAUUCAACCUUUCAAUAAUCUUGAUGCUAAAAGCAAUAAAAGAAACCAAUAUUAAAUAUAAUGUUAAAGAUGUGAAGGUUCUUCCAAAGACUUAAGGUUUUCCUAAGUAAAAAUAAUCUCUUGUAGUUGCUAAAUUGCAUACUAAACACAAGUUGCUGUUUUAUUCCCCCAUAUUUGCUUAAGCAUAAUCACAGCCCUUAAUUGUUGUAGGUUAGUUAUUUUCUAAAGAUGCCAAAGGAAACAAGAUUUUUCUUUAUUUAUUUUAACUAGUUAAAAUCUUGUACUUUUUGAGUUGUGGGAUUUUGUGAAAAUACAGACAGUUUUGCUUCUUGUUGGUUAGAAUUAAUUUUAUAUAGUGGAGGGUGGUUUGGUAAUACUAGUAACAUUUGGAUUUUUUAAAAUAUCAAACACAUCCUGUUUACUAUUCACCUAUAUUAUCAGGGUAUAUUGUCUGUGGUUAGACAAAAGAGAAAACAGUGGUUACUGUUGUCAAGCAUUACACACGCCACUCUUGGAAGCAGCUCUGUUCUGCUUUGAUCUGUAUGCACACUGGCGAGGCAUCUACUCAUGGGAUUGUACUUCAGCAGCUCUAGUGCCCAGGUAAUUGGAAAGUGCAGUGUUUAGUUCGACAGGUUCUACAUAAUGAAUUUUUCAUUGUAAAAAUUUAUUUCCCUUAUGUACAUUUAAUGUGAUGAUAAUCUUUAUUUCCUUUCUGGUACAUUUUCCACUAUCUUUGUUUUCCUUUUUUCCCUCCCUCCCCCACAGCCUUGAUACAGAUUUAGCUCCCCAAACACAACAACUGAGUGGAUUGCUUUUUUCCUCUGGUCCUCAGUAUGCUUGGGGAAAGGACACUAAGAGUUUCGGCCUAGGGAGAAAGUACCCUGGUGAAAGUUAUUUUUAUAGUUCUCAGUGUUUUGGGACAUCCAUUUUAAGAGCCCUCAGAAAUUAUGGUUAAAAAAAGAACUCCCAUUUAGAGCAGGCAGGUUUGCUAAAAGUCGGUGAUACUCUGAUAGGUUUCUAUUAUCCGGUCUCUUUCCUGACUAGUGCCUAACGUAAAGGGUACAGUUAGUUGUAUGAUAAUGAAUGAAGGAAUGAAAUCCAGUUUGAGACUCAAACAUACAGUAGUAUAUACGUAUUUGAGGAACUUGCUACUAAAUUUGAUGCUCUGAGUUGGCUCUGAAAUGUUUAGAAUUGUGACUAUGUUUCACAUAAACACAGAAAACACCUCCAAGGAUAUGUAUGUUUGCAAUCUUGAGUAUUUUGUUUCUGAGAAAAAUAAGCUAUAAAGUGAAAGUAAGAUUGAGGGGGUUUUUGGGUCUUCUUUUCAAAAAUUUUCUCAUUUAUGAUUGUUGACGGCACUUAAAACUAUGCAAAAUAAUUUUUUUUAAAGUAUCUGUCAGAAAGAAUUGGCAGUUAAGAGUUUGCUUGUGCCUGCGCUACUGAAUGCAGCAUAUUAUAUCACUCUUUAGGCUGCUUCAUAAGUUUGCCAAUGUGAAAAGCAGAUCUGGACUACAAGUGUAUGCCUGAUUGGAGCUUUUAAAAUGCUGCAGUUAGAGGUAUGGUAAUGUUUUCCUAAUUCUAUGUAGAAACAGGAAAUAAAGAACUUUUGUUGUGAUUUAAAGAUUUAAGUAGACUCUGGCAGAAAGUAGCUGGAGCCAGGUAUACCAUUCUUGUACAUAGGAGGAAACAGUAUUUAGAAAUGAAAAAGGAAGUUGUUUGUUUACAGUUAACUUUAUUUUGUGAACUUUUACAAACUGAUGUUGUAUUAGUCACUUUUUCUAGUUCCAAGGAAUUCCACUUCCAGGGUACAAACCAUUGAUUCCAAAAAGUUGUAUUUCUAUUCUUUUAGUACCAGUUGAAACACUAUUAACUAGUUGCUAUCAUUGUGAAGAUGGCAACUUGAAGUAUACUGAUAAAUAGCCUUUUUCCAAACGAAGUGUGACUUUGCUUUAGGGUCUGCAAAUGAUGUCACACAUUGUAUUUGCAAUAUAGAUGAAAAAUUUUGUGGCAUGAAGGGUAGGGGAGGGUUGCUAGCUCCCUUGUCCUGCUUUGUUACUGCUUUAUUGGACUGAUCUAAUCUCAAACCUGCAUCCUCACCUAAAACUGUAAGUGGUGAAUGUGCCACCUUUGCUUGGUUAUUUCAACCAUGCUGCUAUAUAUAAUCAGGUGUGGCACAGCUUACUGGUCUGGUCCGAGGUGAGUGGAUAGAAGUCAUUGCACUGUGCUGUGAACGAUCCUUAUCUGCUUGCUGUAACCUACUUUUUACAGGCAUCAUAAUAAAAGCUAGACUAUUUCUUUGGGGGAAAAGAGACUUAUUUAAUGUUAUUUAAAGAAUUUUCCGAUAGAAAAUGAAAUACUAUUGAAAAUAAUCUAUUUUUUAGCUUUCAGCAAUUGAUGGUGCUUUGUUGUGGUGUCUGCUGGAAGUCUACUGCCAUUGUAGGGAUUCUCAUUAACCUCGCUGAGAAAGAGCCUUGCGUGUUAGCUUCUCUCGAUCUCUGAACAGUCUGUUAGUGAUGAUAACUCUGUAGGAGGGUCUGUUCUGAGCCAUUCAUUUCCUGUACGGGGACAAGGGGCGGGUUACAGACAUACCAUUGAAGCAGGGUGGGCUGUGGGUGGAGGGUUGGGUAUUUGUCUUGAGAAUUAAAAACUACGAAACACUUUUGUACACAACUGAUUUUUUUAAAAAAAUAAAUACAUUUUU